CUCCUCGGCCACAAACAAAAGCCUCCUCGUCCUCCGCGCCUGCCCAAAUCUUUCCCUUCCACUCCGGGACAACCCCCUCUCAUUUCACAUCGCAUUCAUCGCCCCGUCCUCUCUAUCCUCCCAGGCCUCGAUACGUAGCCUCCUCGUGCGCGAGCUGGCGCCUCCAUCCUCCUGCUACUUGAGUGUUCUCUUCUCUGUAGCUCUUGUGCUGCUUGGGUUAUCCAGUCGAGCAUUACCCAUGGGGAGGGCGCCGUGCUGCGACAAGAAGGGGCUCAAGAAGGGACCGUGGACGCCGGAGGAGGACAAACUCCUCGUCGACUUCAUCCAGGCCAACGGCCAUGGCAGCUGGCGCCUUUUCCCCAAGCUCGCAGGGCUGAACCGGUGCGGCAAGAGCUGCCGACUGCGGUGGACGAACUACCUGCGUCCGGACAUCAGGCGCGGUCCCUUCACCGCCGAGGAGCAGAAGUCCAUCGUCCAGCUCCACGGCAUAGUCGGCAACAAGUGGUCCAUGAUCGCGGCGCAGCUCCCCGGCCGGACGGACAACGAGAUCAAGAACUACUGGAACACGCACCUGAAGAAGCAGCUCCGCCUCAUGGGCCUCGACGAGCCGCCCCCCGGCCCGACUGCCGGCUGCCCCGCCGCGCGCCACAUGGCGCAGUGGGAGACCGCGCGCCUUGAGGCCGAGGCGCGCCUUUCGCUCCGCUCCUCCUCCUCCUCGGCCACCGCCGCCGCGACCGCCACCACCACCACCUCCGGCUCCUCUUCCUCGACGGAGGCCGACGCCGGGGCCGCUGCGAAGCCCUCGGACGUCUUCUUGCGCCUCUGGAACUCCGACAUCGGGAGCUCCUUCCGCAAGGUGGCGCCGCCGGUGUCCGUGAAGGAGGAGGAGGCGGUGCUGCCGGGGGAGUACGACUCGUCCGCAGCGUCCGACGAGAACGAGAUGGACGCGGCGGCGGAGUGCCAGAUGUUCCUAGACUUGGCCUGCGAGGAGUUCGCCGGCGACGAGCUCGGGCUGUUCCACGGCCGGUACGGCGGCUUCUCGCUCUUCCCGCCGCUCGACGUGCUCACGGAGGCGUCCCUGGAUACGGCGUUCUAGGCAGCACAACGCACGUCGCGCGCCACGUACGUUACAUACGAAGUACCUAUACAUACGCCUGUGCUGUGGGUAUGUAUAAUGUAUAUGCUUGUCUUUUGUGGCGUCCGGAGGGCGUAUGCAUGGCGCGCGCGGGUGAAGGUAGCACGUGUGCAGAAGGGGUGGACAUUAUUUUGGAUUAGUUAGAGUAGUUAGCUAGGGCUUGGUAUCGAAGGCUGGACAUCAGGGUGUAUUAUGGCUUUGUGACGGGAUUCUCUCCGGAGACGCUGUAAUACAUCGAAUGAUGUUCGAUCUUCAAUUCAUCUUGGAGCUGUUGUAGCCCUCCGAUCUUUCAUAGUUCGAUCGAGGAGACGUUGCUGCAGGAUCUGUGGUAUAAAAUUGUUGGCAAGAUUCCCAAA